UCCAACUCCUUCACUUGCGCUGUCGAAGAAACUUCUAACAUCAGCAGAUAACAAGUGUCGUGUUUCUCAUUGCACAUUGAAGAUGUUCAAACCAACCUCUCCCGUCAUGGGAGGUCUCCUCUGGAAAAUCCCUUGGCGCCUCUCUGCUCCGCAAAAAGCUCGUCAACGUAAACGGCUACGUGCCGUCGAUAAGGUUGUCGACACUGUGAGCGGCGCAUUGGAACGCAAGGGCAUGACCAGCAAGGCUGUCACUCGGUGGUUUGAUGAGAUGCCGCGCGAGGAGGAGAUGCUGCCCAAGGACAAAUAUACGAUUUUCGAUCGGAAGGAGAAGAAAUAUCGGAAGGGGAUACAUAAACUUCCCAAAUGGACCCGAGUCAGCCAACGAGUCAAUCCUCCCGGUUUCUAAGUGCCCCCUUCCGAUUCCAUACCCAUAUCUCCAUACUUCUUCUCUCGAUGUACAUGUACAUUAUGAUAUCCACAAGGAUCACGUUUUGGGCUGCUUACUAUCAGUAUAAGCCCGUACCCAGGGUAGCUUCUAUUAUGCUCCCAGCCCGACUUGGUAACGAAAGAGCGAAAGCGGCAUUGAUUUAUAAGGAAAGAAAUUCGAUGUAUUAUAGGUUUUAGAUGGUGUCCCCUUUCUUGAUGUUCUUGUACCAUUUCUUUCAGUCCCCUUGCAGAAGCGGCGAGUUCACGUUUGCAGUAUCUAGGAGUUAUCGGGCAAUAUCAUAUUAUUACAGUCCUGUUUGUUUACUUUAUUUAUUCAUUUAGCAAAUCUAAAACUAAAAACUACAGCCCGUCAUAUAUCAUUUGCGAGAGUCCUACAGGUGAUGGGGUUGAAGAGAACCGAAGAUCAAGGAGAUCGAACGAAUGAUAUUAGAAUGCAUUUUACAGAUAGCGGAAAAGAAAGCAUUGAUUUCAGCGUCCGCAACACUUUUCCAAUAACGACGAGGAAGACGAUUAACUGCUGCUGCAACCUACCCAAGUGCCUCCAUAUUAGCACCGGACUCCUGACCACCAUCCAGCGCAAAUGAGCGCCCCAUUGACGACUGUCUGUGUGCCGAUUCUCUAGUAAAAAACCUACCAGCAGAUCGCGAUAUGGACACAAAACUACUAUUCUCUGGAGUGUCUAAUGCUAACCCCGCAAUUGUUGGCCUCCUGGGACCCUCACUAUGCUGACAUCGGCGACGGCGUGGAAUAGAACCGCUCCCAGACCUUACUUGUCUCAUUUCGCGGGCGGCUAGUUGCUCUUCCCUUUGUUUUCCCUUCAAAGGCGCGUUCUGGCCUUGAUUCCGUCCUCUCUUCAUCACUUUGCGACAUGGUCUAGUGGCUUUUCUCGCCACCUCUUUCAUUCUCUGGCGAUUAGCUCCCCCUUCACGAACUAGUUUGCGUGGCCGGUACGCUCGACAAACGUUCUGCCAGUCAUCUAACUUUUCCCACCAGCCACACAUUCCUUCGUAGUAUACUUCUAAUUCCUUAUCCAACCGUUCAUAUCCCUGCGGGGGCUUUCGAAGGAUCCAACUCGCUGGGUCAAUAGCUGCGUCAGGAGGAUCGUCGGCUGAGCCAUCAAACAAUUCAACGGCUUUCAGGAAUUCCUGUAUCCCUAAUGAUUUUCUAGCUCCGUUAAUUGCCAGUCGCCAUGAAUCUAUUCGGGGGGCGUGCAAUUUCACACGCUUUUUCACAGGGUAUUUCCGCUUAACAGCGUCCUUUUCGGGCUCAGGUAAAGAGCGAUUGAACCUAGGAUCCCCAUGUGUCCGUCGCUCUAUAGGUGAAACUCUCGAAACAGGGUCCAGAACAAUCCACGUUGCUCUGUUCAGCCAGUGGUUAGCGAGUAACAGAAAAUGAAAUGGUUUGCGGCCAGGCUCAACUUCAUUUGAGAGCCAUUCGAGGCGACGAUCCAGGUCGUAGAUCAAUUCCACUUCAUAAUCGCUCAAUCUAGGCCGUGGAUUUGCCCACGAUCCGUUCUUUGCGUUCUGGUGGGGUUUUGAGAGUUGGAAUGAGACAGCUUUGUUCUCCGUGGGAUGAAGUGGUUGUUGCAGGGAAAUGUCCUCUUUCUCGUUCGGUAAUAAUGAUUGCCGCUGGACAUGUUUAGUGUUGUACUUACACGAAUGUCUCAUUGUGUUGUCUUGGUUUAUAUUCUGGGUAAGUGGUGAUCGGUCUACAUCCAGGAUGCCAUCUACAGGUGUUAUGUCGAGCGAUGCGUCAGAGAUGUUAGAUGUAUGGACUCUUGGAGCUCUACGUUGUAUGCGAGGAGCGAGCACGUGCAGCUUUGAGGGUCCAGGGUUGCUGAUGCUAGCUGCGGAUGCCCCAGAGCCGUGGUUAUGCGCUGGGAUAUUGUUAUAAUGCUCCGAAAACUCAGAAUGAUGGGCGGAAGAACUCAUAGCCUUCAGGAUUCCGGAUAGUGGACUUCCAGGUCGCCCAACCAGGCCAUGGAGGGAAUGAGGGCUUUGCUCAAAAGUAUGGAUUUGCAUUUUUGCGGCCCAUGCUUUGUACUUCCAACUGAGAGAUUUGUCCGUUUUUACCACGGCUUGAGGGCCACCGACAUUGAUUUGUCCUUCGUCAGUCGGAAUAACUCUUCGGAGGUGAGGCUCAUAUAGUUUUGAAGAAAGUGUCGAAUGAACUGCAUCCCCUUGAAAGCCUUCUGAAACUGUCUUCCUGCGAGCUUCGGGAGCGUACCUCAUAUCAACGGUACCCAAAUUUUGGGGAAGACUCGAUAGAGAGGGGCAUCGCCUCAAUCCGCAAUGUGGGAAGUCAGGUUUCGGUAUUUGUUGAUUCAGCGCAGCUGGGAGCGAAAUAACCAUUCCUUGCCGGAGACGUACCGCACCCCGAGAGCUUGGAGACGGAUAGGGGCCCCUCUUCGCAGAAGUUCGACUUAGACUAUUAUACAACAUUGACGGGAUUAUACCGUCACUAUAGCCAUCAAGGGAUAACGGUAACCUUCUCCGUAGUGGGCGAUUUCUAGACUUUAUAACCUGUGCCGAAGUUUUCAUCGAAUGUCGUAACCCUGGCUUUCGCUUCAUGUUCCCGUCCGAUGGGCGUGUUGUUUGAUUCCUAGCAUGCGCUUUCGAUAUUAAAUCUGCUUUCUCAUGUUCAUAACUUUUCAACCAGCGAGGAAGCCAGCGAAUCACUUUUUG